AUGUCGAAUGAAGCCAACUCUAGGAAGCGCCGUCGCGAAUCAUACAAUGUCGACGUCCGACAAGUCGAAAUCUACGAGGAUCUUGCCAGCGAAAAGGACGAGGUCCGCCUGAAAGCUGCACAUGAGCUAGUCUCGCGUUUCACUCCAGAGAGCAAGCCUACCGAAGAGCAAAUUAACAAAACUCUUCAAAGGCUUUUCCGUGGUCUCUGCAGUGGCCGGAAAGCGGCUCGUAUUGGUUUCUCAAUUGCCUUGACCGAAGUGUUAUCGCAGGUUUUUGCCUUGAUUCAACCAGCUGCUGAGUCAUCUGCUGUGAAAGUGUCUGAUGUGAUCCAAGCUUUUCUAUCUGUAACAAGUGUUUCAGGUAACACCAGCCAGGAACUAAGAGAUCAUUAUCUCGGUACACUGUUUGGAGCUGAGGCUAUUAUCAAAUCUGGUAUCUUGUUCCAGCCCGGGGUGCCUUCCCAAGAAUGGGACAGAAUUGUUGCUGCACUUGUUGACCUCGGCAAGGCGAAGCCCUGGCUGCGAGAAGAAUGCGGCUGGAUCCUGUGGAGAGCGCUAUACGAGUUGGCAUCCCGGAAUGCCGAUGCUAAGUAUCCUGAGAGCGUGAUAGAGAUCAUUAACUCAAAAGACCUUGUCAAGUCGCCCGAGGGAGUCGCUAUCUGGCUUCUCGUUCAGGACUCGUUCCCUACCGCAAAAUUGCCCCAGGAACUCUGGAGAUACAACAAUGACCCGCUCGACCGUCGCGACAUGAGCACGCUUGUCAAAAUUAUGAAACAAGCUUCUGAAGCCGAAGAAGGUUCCCAGUCAGCUUCAUCGGGUGUUUGGAAUUCGAAGUUGCACUUUGCCUGGGAUGCUAUUCUAAAAAGAGUCCACGAUACUAAGUCCGGGGAGGAUAAGCAGGACAAGCGGGAUAAGAAGAUGAGAAAAGAAUCGCGCAUUUCCUUUGAAGAAUUUUGGAAGGAAGUCGUUGAUAAUGGCCUUUUUGCCGCUUCUUCUUCUGAGGAGCGCAAGUACUGGGGAUUCUCCUUGUUCAUGAAGAUUCUAGAUGAAGCUCCUAUACAACGUGCAGAGACAAUCUUUACCAAAAAUUUAAUCAGAUGUCUCAUCAAUCAGCUUGCCGUUGAAGACAGAUACCUGCAUCGUAUGGCGGUGAAGGCAGCUAAGACGAUCCAGAAACGGGUAUCGACUGAGCCGGAGUUCGCUGCAGCGGCAGUGAAUGGUCUUCUCGGAUCCUCAGGCUCAUUCCAGUUCGAUCAGAUCACGAAAACCAAGACCGUGGAGAAGAUUGUCAUCGAGGCUGGCCCCCAGUCGUUGAAAAAGAUUGUUCAACUUUUAGGGCGUUUGGUGGCUUCUCCAGGCACUGACGAGAUUAAGGCAGCUUCCGCUGGUCGCCAGUACCUUGCGGAUCUAUUUGUGUCGGUUGUUAGAUCUCGAAGCUCUGCUGGUGAAGAAUUCGGACCCAUUCUACAAGACAUACUGUCUGUCCUAGUCCGUUUUGCCUAUUUUGGGGGCGAACAAGAAAAGCAAGAACUGAUUGCCAAACCACAGCUGUCUCAGACAACUCAAGAGCUGUUUCGAAACAGGAUAACUAGUUGUUUGAACAGCGUGGUUAGCAACAUCAAUGACCCGGCUGAAGUUGCAUAUAAAGUUGUUCGUCAAAUCCGCGAUUAUCAAAAGUCGGAAGAAUACGGGAAGUUCAUCAUUGAGAUCGAUGGAGCAAUUGCUGAAUCUGUUGAGGCGGCUUUCAAGUCUUUGAAGAAACUUUCAAGCAAGGUGAAACAUGAUGGCAGCAAUAGCAAAGAUGCCAGCAUCCAAGCUUUCAGACUUGUCUACUCUCUUACAAUCUUGCAAGUCUACAAUGGCGACGCAGAUGCUGUAUCCAUGCUAGACGAACUUGCAUUCUGCUACUCUAAAUUCUGGGGCGACAAGAAAUCGAAAAAGGAAGACAAGUCAGAUGCAUCCAAUGCUUUGGUGGAGAUUCUGUUGAGUUUUGCCUCCAAGCCUUCCAAGUUGUUCCGCCGUAUGAGUGAACAGGUUUUCGGCGUUUUUGCUGGUCAGAUUACUGCCGAUGGCUUGCAAUCGUUGAUUUCGGUGGUCGAAGUCAAGGAGAACUUGGCUGGUCAGCGAGAGAUGUUUGAUCAGCAAGAUGACGAAGACGAAGAGAUGGAGGAUGCCGGUAGCCUUGAUUCCGACGAUGAUUCUGUUGAAGUUAUCGAUGCAGACGAUGCAUCUGACGAGGACGAAGACGAAGACGAAAAUGAGGAAGAAGAAGAUGAUGAAGAAGAACUAGCCGCCUUUGACGCCAAACUAGCCGAAGCCCUAGGCACGCAUCGCGCGGACCAAGAUCUCGAAGGCGACGAAUCAUCUUCCGAUGCCGACAUGAACGACGACGAAAUGGAAGCCGUCGACGAAAUGCUCGUCAAAGUCUUCAAGGCCCGUCGACAGGCAACCAGCAAGAAGAAAGACAAACAAGAUGCCAAGGAGACAAUGACGAAUUUCAAGAACCGCGUUUUGGACCUUCUCGAAAUAUACGUGAAGAAGUGCCAUGCUAGCAUUUUGGCACUUGACUUGGUUCUCCCUCUACUCCGACUCACGCGCAAAUCUGCCGUAAAGCAGAUUUCGCAAAAGGCGAGCGAUAUUUUGCGCGAAUAUACGCGUCUAUGCAAGGGCAAUGCUAUUGCGACAUUAGUCGCCGAAUUAGGUCAAGAAGAUGCAGACGAAGAUGGAGAGCCCGCUAUCGAACCUGUCUGGGACCUUCUUCGCGCCGUACACAAAGAAGCCAUGCUUUCUGGACCAGCAGCGCACUCCGUCUCGGCCAGUCAGGCAAGCGUGUUCCUCGUGAAAGUUCUAGUUGCUCAUGACAAGCAGAACAUUGCAGGAGUAGUUGAUAUCUAUGCUGAGACGAGAAAGGCGCAGAUGCUGAACAAUAAAUGCCAUGUUCAGCCUGCGUUCUUUACGGACUGGAACAAUUGGUGUGUGAAUGCGGGGAAGACUAUGAAGAGUUGA